GCCUGCCCGGCGCGGAGCUCGGCCCGGCGCGCAGCUGAGGAGGGGGCCGAUCAGCAGCCGCGGAGGAGGAGCGGGGGGGGAUGCCGGAGAGACACAAAGCCGGCGGGGGAAGCAGCCCACGGCUCGUCCCGGGAUGGGGGCGCCGCGCCGGGUCCUCCUGAUGGUGCUGCCGCGGGUGCUCUGGGGCUCCAUCCCCCUCUUCCUCAUGCUGCUGCCCGCGGCCGAGCCCAUCUGCCCCGAGCCAUGCGACUGCCAGCAGCAUCAGCACCUCCUCUGCACCAACCGGGGCCUGCGCUCGGUGCCCAAGGCUGCCGAGCCCCAGGAUAUCCUCACCUACAGCCUCGGGGGCAACUUCAUCGCCAACAUCUCCGCCUUCGACUUCCACCGCCUGGCAGGGCUCCAGCGCCUGGACCUGCAGUACAACCGGAUCCGCUCCCUGCAUCCCAAGGCCUUUGAGCGCCUGGGUCGGCUGGAGGAGCUCUACCUGGGCAACAACCUGCUGCCGGCGCUGGCCCCCGGCACCCUCAGCGCCCUGGCCAAGCUGCGCAUCCUCUACGUGAACGCCAACGAGAUCGGCCGCCUCAGCGCCGCCUCCUUCUCUGGCCUCGGCAGCCUUGUCAAGCUGCGCCUGGACGGCAACGAGCUGGGCUCGCUGGGCGACUCCACUUUCUCAGGGCUGCCGAACUUACUCUACCUGCACCUGGAGUCCAACCGCAUCCGCUGGCUGAGCCGCGGUGCCUUCACCGGCCUGGCUAAGCUGCGCUUCCUCGACCUCUCAGGGAACCAGCAGAGUUCCCUUCGCCACCCGGACAUCUUCGGGCCGCUGCGCUCCCUCCACACCCUGCUGCUGGCCAGCAACAGCCUGCAGCAGCUGACGGGGGGGCUCUUCCAGCACCUGCCCAGCUUGGGGAAGCUCUCGCUCAGUGGCAACCGCCUGGCUCACCUGGCCCCGGAUGCCUUCAUGGGGCUGGGUUCGCUGAAGGAGCUGCGCCUGGAGGGGAACCUGCUGAGCCACCUGCCCGCUGCCCUGCUGGAGCCUCUGAGCAGCCUGGAGGCGCUGGAUCUGAGCCGCAACGCGCUGACCGCCCUGCACCCUGCCACCUUCGGCCGCCUCAGCCGCUUGCGGGAGCUCAGCCUGCGAGACAACGCGCUGGCCACCCUCCCCGGCGAGCUCUUUGCCUCCAGUCCGGCCCUCUACCGCCUGGAGCUGGAGGGGAACGCCUGGAGCUGCGACUGCCGCCUCCGCGGCCUCAAGCGCUGGCUGGGGGCCUGGCACUCCCAGGGCCGCCUGCUCACCGUCUUCGUGCAGUGCCGCCUGCCACCCACCCUGGCCGGCAAGUACCUCGACUACCUGCAGGACGCCCAGCUGCCGCCGCCCGAGGCCGACCUCAUCGAGUUCCCCUGCGAGCGCUUCAUAGACAGCGGCGGCGGCAGCCGCCACGGCGACGACCACCUGCUGCAGCGCUUCGCCGACUGA